AUGCCUCUGGAUUGUUCCUCAGUCAGAAGAAAUACAUUUUUCGACCUUCUCACGAAUAUACUUGGCUCUAAACCGGUGUCAACACCAAUGUUGACAUCACCAAAACUCUCUGUUAAUUCUGGAACAACUUUAUCUGAUCCAACUGAGUAUAGAAAGGCUGUUGGGAGCGUGCAAUAUUUAGCUUUCACUCGUCCGGAUCUGUCAUAUGCAGUGAAUCACUUGUCUCAAUACAUGCACACACCAACGACAGACCACUGGAGUGCAGUCAAGAGGGUACUGAUAUACUUGUCUGGAACAUUAGACAAUGGCAUUCUUCUUCAGCGAGGUAGCACAUUCUCUUUACACGCUUACUCUGAUGCCCGAUCAUCAGAAAUCAGUGGCCCGAUCAUCUACAAAGGUAGAAUAUAG